AUGUAUCAACGACUUUGUCUCAUCCUCUUUGCUGCUGCAGCUACGGCUCACACCCAGCCACAAUCCCAUGGUUCUGGACACUCCUGCGAGGCUACACUUUCCUCCACACCGACUUUCGACUAUUCCAACUUCACCUACCCGCAAAUUUCACUUGCAAAAACCAAACCCGUGUCCAACGAGAUAACACCAACUCCAGCAGCCACAUACGCACUGCACUACUCCGAUGUCAGUUCGCAAUUCGACAAUCUCUCUUCAACCACCUGGCCAAAUUGGACACCCGCUUUCCCCCUGCCUUCACAAAGUGAUGAGGCCAAUCCGUAUGGCAAUGCAGCCUUGACAAAUCUUUGGCAGGCUGCCAACCCAGUCAACUUCACACGAGGAAUCUACUCAACAACCGUCUCUCCAACACCAGUCCCUUCAACGGAGCUAGUACCUCCACCGCCAUUGUACUUCACGCCAGAAAGCUGCUACAAGUUCCCCAAAGACUUCAUCUUUGGCGCUGCUGGCUCUGCAUCCCAGAUCGAAGGCGCUGUCGCGGACGAGGGCAAGUCACCGUCGUUGCAGGAUGUCCUGGCCAACAUUCUCAGAAGUGGUGGACCCGUGGGCGACUAUGGCACCGGCGAGCAUUACUAUCUCUACAAACAAGACAUCGAAAGACUGGCGGCCAUGGGACUGAAAAAUCUCUACCUCACGAUUCCCAUGACUCGAAUCCUCCCGUUCGCACUGCCUGGUACUCCAGUGAACUCGCAGGCUCUGGAUCACUACGAUGAUGUGAUCAACUGCCUCCUCGAGCACGGCAUCCAGCCCAACGUUGGCCUCGCACAUUUCGAUACUCCACUGCAAUUCUACGGCGGCAGCUCCGACUACCUUCUCAACCUGGCUACUCUGCAAAGCUCAUCGACAUACGGCAUUGGAGGGAUCAGUUUCGGCUAUUCGAAUGAGACAUUCGUAGACUCCUUCGUCAACUACGCUCAAAUCGUCAUGGCUCGUUACGGAGAUCGGGUGCCCCUUUGGAACACAUACAAUGAGCCGCAGAUUGGGUGCAGUGAUGGAGUAGCCGUGAAUAAUGUCCUCGUAGCGCAUGCUCGAGUGUAUCACUACUACAAGGAGACGCUCAAGGGGAAGGGGAAGAUCUCGAUGAAGAUGGGCAUCACUCCAGCUGUGCCGCGAGAUGCGAGCAAUCACUCUCAUGUCGAAGCGGCAAACUACUUCUCAGAUCUCUACAGCGGAGCUUUGCUGAGACCACUUGCACUCGGACAAGAUUAUCCUCAAGCGUUCAAGCUCAGCGUUCCGGAUCAUGUACCAUUGUCGCAAGCUGAUCUUGAAUACAUGAACGGCACAAUGGACUUCAUCUCCCUCGACGCCUACUCCGCCCCUGUCGUCGAGCCAGUCGCUUCCAACCUCACCGCCUGCGCAACGUCCUACAACAAGACCACAAACCCCUACCGCAACUUCCCCAUUUGCGUCAACGCUUCCAGUACAGUACCAGCUGCAGACGGCGACUGGUCGAUCGGCUAUUCCCCCUAUGGCUCACCAACCUACUACGACUCGCCGCACAACCUUCGUACUCAGCUGCGAUACACCUACACCACGUACAAACUCCCCGUCUUCAUCUCCGAAUUCGGCCUCUCCCUCCCAGCGCCGCCCGGCGGACGUCUGCAAGAUAACCUCUUCAACCAGCCGGCUUCCGAAUACCUCCUCAGCUACCUCAAUGAGGUGCUCAAAGCGAUCUGGGAGGAUGGGGUGGAUGUCAUGGGAGCUUUGGUGUGGAACUGGGCGGAUGAUUGGGAGUUUGGGAGUUUCGCUCAGGGGUUUGGGCUGCAGUAUGUGAACUUUACGACGCAGGAGAGGAGGUAUCGGAGGAGCUUCUUUGAUGUUAUGGGAUUUGUGGAGAGUAGGAGGAUGGAGUGA